UAUUGGGUCGUCGCCAUUAUGCCUGAUGGCCAUGUACGGGUGGGGUUAUUUCCGACACUAUCAGAAACAAUAGUGUGCCAGCUGGGCACUGUGGCUGAACUCCCCCGUACAGCAACAAAGUCUUGGAAAAGUGGGAAGAAGACCGCCUUUCGGGCAGCCAAGGCAGCCGCCGCAGCCUCCAAGGAAUCCCCCGCAGCCUCCAAGGAAUCCCCCGCAGCCUCCUCCUCCAAGGACUCGGCCAGGAAGAAACGAAAGGCAGCCCAGAAAAGCCACAAAUUGAGUUUCGACGGGUACAUCGACUUGCUUGCUGCAAAAAUUGAAGAAGGGAACAAAACAAAAGGGAAUAAGGACCAGAGGAGAGGUGCUGACGGCAAAUUUGGCAAUAAAAAUUUAUUGGACUGUUCCUGGAGGACCUGGUUGAAAAGCAUGUUUACAGAAUAUCCAGGUGUGCUGUGCAAGUGCUCUUGUAAUCAUCGACCUUUGACUAGCGCACACGCCUUAAUAAAACACAUAGAGAGAAAUCACUAUAUCAAUAAUGUGGUAUCAUUUGGUGAGGAGGACCUGGAAUUCACACCACCACAGUUUUAGCUCACCUCCCCCCCCCCCCAAGUUUAAAUAAGUUGUUGAAUCAACUUUGGAAAUUCACCCCAAAUUCAAAUUUGGAAAUUCACCCUUGUCUAGUGGGUUCAACUAUAUUUUGUAUGCUCUACCUAUAGUAACCAUAUAUCUUGAUUUCCCAGAAACUUGUUGACGCUGCAAUUGCACUUCAUAUAAAUACAUGUUUUGGCAUUCUAUGUUAUUUGUAAAUGCUGUUUGUCCUUAUAUUUUGAUAUAUCCAGUUACUUUGUUUCUACUGUUUCGCAAGUAUCUUGGCAAUAAUAUCUCUUACUACUGUAUAUUUUGUAUGAGAGUCAAACUGUAGAACUAUGUGGGUUGAAGAAUAUCUCUUACUACUGUAUAUUUUGUAUGAGAGUCAAACUGUAGAACUAUGUGGGUUGAAGAAUAAAAGUGUGCACUCAAUCAAAUAUUGUUUUUAGGCCAAUACUUUGUAAGAUAUACCAAGUGCACUUGUAAUCCUCGACCUUUAGCUAGCGCACAAGCCUUAAUAAAACACAUAGAGAGAAAUGACUAUAUCAAUAAUGUGGUAUCAUUUGGUGAGGAGGACCUGGAAAUCACACCACCACAGUUUUAGCUCAUCUCCCCCUCCCCCCCAAAGUUUAAAUAAGUUGUUGAAUCAACUUUGGAAAUUCACCCAAAACGUUUGGGGGGGGGGGGUAUAUAGGAAUCACUUUGUCUGUCCGUCUGUCCGUCUGUGCAGUUUUCCUGUCUGGUCCAUAACUUUUAUAUGCCUUAAUGAAUCUUUAUGAAACUUUGGGAGGUCGUUACAUAUAAUUGUAUCAGUUGGUGACUUUUGUAGUAACAAGGUGAACUUGCCAUUAAAACUUAGGUAUUGGUUAUUAUCAACGAGCCCAACGGAGUUAGAGAGGGUAUAUAGCGUUUGGUUCGUUCGUUAGUACGUACAUGCGUACUUAAGUAAUAGUCAGAUUAAAGUUUUGGUUAAGGUGCAUAUCUCGGCAACUACAAGUGGUAGAGGGAUGAUAUUUGGUCAGUCGAUACAUCUUGGGUAGUAACCAACAUCUGUACUGAAAUUAGGUCACUUUGACUUACAUUUUAUGCUUGAGCAACUUAGGUUAAAGUUUCGGUUAAGGUGCAUAUCUCGGCAACUACAAGUGGUAGAGGGAUUUGGUCAGUGGAUACAUCUUGAGCAGUAACCAACAUCCAAACCCAAAUUAGAUCACCUUGACCUACAAUUUGCGCUUGAGCGACUUAAAGUUUCGGUUAAGGUGCAUAUUCCAGUAACUACAAGUGGUAGAGGGAUGAUAUUUGGUCAGUGGAUACAUCUUGGGUAGUAACUAAUAUCGGUACCAAAAUGUAGGUCCACUGAUUUGAGAUUUUGUAAGUUACUGCUACAAACUAUAUACAAGUAUCCACAUUAAAAAGUUAAGAUACUGAUCAAUUAUAAUCUUAUGAGUUUUUAUACUUUGAAAAAAAAAAUGUUGGUACCAAAAUUAGGUCCACUUGACCUACAUUUUACGCUGAGCUACUUACUACUUAGGUUAAAUUUUAGGUUAAUGGGCGAGGGGGUUUGCAGUCGUGGACGACAGCUCCAUUUCUUUAUUAUAUGUUUCUGGUGGUACCAAUAUAGUUGUCAGUAAUUGAAAUGGACUUAAACCAUUCUUCCUAAAUGAGUCCCUCAAAUGUGAAAUGUAGGUCACAGCCAAACUCUGAAGCAUGCAUUCUUCCUAAUUGCAUGUGGAUGUGAUAUGAAGCAUGCCAAUUUCAAUCUCUGUCAUCUGUUAGCUCUGACAAAGUCCCAAAGUCAGCGAACCGUAAAAAUAUAGGAUACAUCUAAAAUUAUGUACCACUGAGUAAUAUUUGUAUCAAGUUGGUGACUUUAGUGGUAACAAAGUGAACUUGCCAUUAAAACAUAGAUAAUCUAAAGAUUACAGAUUUCACCUUGUUGUUCAGAGUCGCCUAGCUUAUUAACAAUUUUAGUUCACCAGAACUAUUAGCGUCCCCCAUCAUCUGUGUCCACUUUCAUGUUACAAGUUAAUAUCUUAACAACUUUACAUUGUAGGAUCAUCAAACAUGGUUAAAUUGUUAUAUGAAUGUAUCAGGGGUGGUAUAUCAGCAUCUAGGUCAAACUAGAUCACUUUGAACUACGCUUUUCGCUUAAACAACUUGUAUCCAAGUUUAUCUUAUACAUGUAGUUCAUAUCUCAUGUAACAAUAUAGUUAUGUACCAGAAAUAGACUUUAACCAUUCCUCCUAUCAAAGUUGAUCAACUGUGAAAAGUAGGUCAAGAGUCAGUAUCUAAAGCCUGCAUCCUGCUCAGCAUCCCUAGAGGCACCAAUACUCGGUGUUCAACUUGUUCAGUUAAUUGAGAAAUUGCCUUGACCCAUUCUCCCUUAAUAAUUCGCUAAACUAUGAAAUGUAGGUCACAGCCAACAUCUGAAGCUUGCUCUCUUCUUAACUGCAUGCAGACAUCAGGUGAAC